UGCUUUCAGUGAGUAAAAAUUGAAACAAAUUUUGGUUUCAGACAACUCAGAAUGACCAUCAUUCUUGUAGAUAAUGUCGUCGAUUCGCUGUAGUAGAUUGUGAUGACCCUGUGGAUAUGGUCAUGAUGGAAGAGGAGGAUUAUUUCGGAAUGGAUAGCUUGGGUUUCCAAGCAGACCCUUUCUCGAAUUCUUCGAGCAUUUCCAAUAGUCUUAUAAGCCAUGAUAAUCCUGGUUCUGCUGCUUCUGCUGCUGUGGCGACUGCUAAUAUUCUCUUGCUGAAGAAGAAGAUUUUGUCAUUGCAAUCAGUUCACGAGGAUCACGAGGAAAGAUGUGCCGAGAAUGCUGCGCUGAAAGCCGAGCUCGAGAAAACCAGGAAGCAAAUGCUUGCGCAGUCACGGACAUGCUCUUUACUGAAGAAGCAAGUGCAAUUGGCCGUCGGUGGUGGUACGCUGAAAGCGAUGCAAGAUCUGAAGAAGGAACUCGUGCAGAAAACUACAGAGCGUGAAGAAGCGCAGAACAGCUUGGCAGGCACACAUGCGCUUCUUGCUCAGAUGAAAUGUGCCUUGGAGGAGGCAGAAACCAAGCGAGAUGAAGUGCUCACCACAUUAGAACUGAAUGAAGCGCUCAUCAGCCAGCUCAAGGCAAAGAACGAGCUAUUUGAGAAACGCUUUCAGAUGAUUAUGGACGAUAAAGUGAAUCAGGUUUCUGAGAGGAAGGAGAAACUCAUAGUUAGCAAGAAGCUGAGGGCAAUGGAGAGAAAGUUUGAAACAUGCAAGAUUGAACGCGACCUUGUUACUGAAGAAUUGGCCAGGUCGAAUAGCAGCUUAUGCUUUUGUAGAGAGCAGCUACAGAAAGCACGUGAUGAAAAGGAAUUCAUGAGGAUGACUGUGGAGGAAAUGAGGAAGAUGGUCGGAGGUUCUACCAACUUACCACUACUGUCUGAAGCGUGUCGUAGUCCCGUUAGCGCAGAGACUUCUCCUAAUCUAGUUCCACCAGAUAUCGCCCCUCGAUCUAGCUCUUUUCAAUGUCUGGAUGCUGAGCAGGAUGAUCCAUCUGCAUGCGCCUCGUCUGUCCCUUUGACAACUCGUGCCAUGCCUCAACCUUCAACAUGCAUUCCUUCACCUCCAUUGCCCUCCAGAAAAUCCAAGCUCCGGGGUAGUAGUGCUGCCUGUGUUGUUGCCGCUGCCAGCACUGUUGCUGCUGCUGCUGGUGGUGGUGGUGGUGGUGGUACUGCUGCCUGUGCUGCUGCAGCUGGUGAUGCUUGCAGUAACAGAUCCAGCACCGGUGUAGCUGGUAAUGCUUGCACUAACAGAUCAAGCACUGGAGUUACUAGUGGACGUCGUGGUGCAUCUAGACCAGCAGCGCCACCACCUUCAGGCACGGCUACACGCGGCAGGCCAAGAAAACGUGCCAUCAGAGGCGUUCGCAGUGCUCCUUCAGCUACUAUUGCGGCCCCGGAACCAGCUCCUGUCAUUCAUGCACCGCCUGUUGUAACGCAACCGUCAUUGACUCCUUCAGCAUCACCACCAUCAUCGGUUCCUGUAGCUGUUGCACCAGAAUAUGCUGCGAAGCAAUCAUCAUUGUUGACUGAUGUCAUGCUGAGUGAUUCGUCACUUUCUGCAUCAUCAUCCUCCUCCUCCUCCUCCUCCUCAUCAUCAUCAUCAUCAGAUAGCUCCUCGGAUUCAGAUUCUUCACCUGACACUUCACCAGUUCGCUAUCAGAACUCUACGCUGAAGAAGAAUGGCAAGAAAUCAUCCGCCUCUGUGCUGCUUUUGGAGGAGCUCAUGAAAGCAGAUUUUGUAUCUCCUUUGCCAGCAUCACCAUCUCCUACUGACAGUGCUAUUGGCACUGGUGCUUCACGCAGUGACGACUUGAACGAUGACCUGGAGUUGAGCGAUUCAUCACCGGAGCCUUCACCGACUCGCUCCCCCGUAUCAAUGUCACCUGCAUGCUCUCCACCACCGUCACCGCCAUCUAGUGUCGUGCUGCAGCAGGAGUGCCCCACGCCGCCCUCUAGUGUCCUGCUGCAGCAGGAGUGCCCCACGGCAGCAUCUGCUCCCACCUCGCCCGUACUCGAUCAGAGCGUCGAUACUAGUCGUGCGCUAAGGGACGUGGAGUUGAGUGAUUCGUCAAGGGAGUCUUCACCAGUGCGCUCCUGUGUUUCAAGGGAGUCUUCACCAGUGCGCUCCUGUGUUUCUGCAUCGUCCACACUGGUUUCACCAGCACCACCCUUGCCCAGUGCACUGCGGCAAGAAUCCUCCGAAAAAGAUGGCCCGUCACCUGCAGCAGCAAGUACUUCCAACCAUGCCUUGAUGGACUUGGAGUUGAGUGAUGCCUCGCGGGAACCCUCGCCUGUUCGUUCCUGCCGGUCUCAAUCACCCUCGAGUUUACCGGCAUCCGCUUGUUCACCCACUGCACCAUGCUCGCCAGUGGAUGCAUUACCAGCGCAGUGCACAGAAACAAAUGUUGCAUCGCCUGUGCCAGCGGGCGCUUCCAGCCAGGCAUUGAUGGACGUGGAGCUGAAUGACUCGUCACGGGAAUCCUCACCGGUUCGUUCAUGUCGGUCUCGAUCAGCCACCAGUUCACCAGCGCCUGUUUGUUCAAGACCAGCACCGUGUUCGCCAGCUGAUGUGUUACCGACAACAUGCACGGUAGCAGGUGUUUCAUCCCCUGUGCCAACGAGCACUUCCAACCAGGCAUUGAUGGACGUGGAGCUGAGUGACUCGUCACGGGAAUCCUCACCGGUUCGUUCAUGUCGGUCUCAAUCAGCCACCAGUUCACCUGUGCCUGUUUGUUCAAAACCAGCACUGUGUUUGCCUGCGGAUGUGUUACCGACAGCAGGCACACUAGCAGAUGUUGCAGCGCCUGUGCCAGCGACCACUCCCAGUCAUGCAUUGAUGGAUGUGGAGCUGAGUGACUCAUCACGGGAAUCCUCACCGGUUCGUUCAUGUCAGUCUCAAUCAGCCACAAACUCAUUAGCGCUAGUUUGUUCCAAACCCACACCUUCUUCUCCAGCAGAUGCGUUGUCCACAGUGUGUAUGCAAGCAGACCCAUCACAAGAAUCCUCACCGAUCCGUUCAUGUCAUUCUCAAUCAACCACCAGUUCGCCAGAGCCUGUUUGUUCAAAACCAGCACCGUGUCCGUCAGCGGAUGUGUUACCGCCGAUUGGCAUGCAAACAGAUGUUCCAUCUCCUGUACGAGUGAGUGUUGCCAAGCCUGCAUUGAUGGACCUGGAGCUGAGUGAUUCAUCCCGGGAAUCCUCACCUCUUCGCUCAUCUCGGCCUCAGUCAACCGCAGGUCCGUCGGCACCUGUUUGCUUGCCAACUGCACCGCGUUCGCCAGAAAGUGUGCCGGCAGCAGAUUGCACACGGGGGUCUGACGUCCCAUCACCCGUACCGGCGUUUGCUCCAAGCCAAGCAUUGAUGGAUGUGGAGCUGAGUGAUUCAUCAGUGGAAUCCUUGCCCGCCCAGCCCUCUAGUUCUGCAGCAUCGGUUGCCAAGGUUGUGUCUCAGACGGAUGCCGUUACCAUCCGGCCAACAAUACUGGAUGUGGAUUUGAGCGACUCAUCGAGAGAAACCUCACCGAUCCGUUCAUGUCGGUCAUCAUUACCAACCAGCACAGUGCCCUCUUCAGCCUGUGCACUGCCCUCCUCGACUAGCCCACAGCCCUGCUCAACCAGCCCGCUACCCUCUUCCUCUAGUGUACGGUCCUGCUCAACCAGCCCACGGUCCUCUUCAGCUAGUGCUCUGCCCUCCUCAACUAGCCCUCAGCCCUCUUCCGCUGCUGUGCCAGUCGAGAAAACUUGGUCUUCAUCUGCUCCAGGUGAAUGGAGACGGCAGGACUUGUCUGAUGGCGAGAUCUUGAGCAGUGGGGACGACGAGGACGAUGAUGAUCUUGAUGGACCAUUAGUAAUUGCCUGCGAUGUCAAUGGCGCCGAUGGUGAUCCUGAUAGGCUGGCAGUAAUUGGCAGCGAUGUCAAUACCACCGAUGGUGUGGCAACCGGUGCUGCUGCUGAGGCUACGUUGGCGCAGGACAAGCCCCGUCGUUCACCAUGCAGCAGUCCUCCUUGUAAACGCCGCAACCAAGGUGUUUGGCGGCGCGUUGAGAUACAGCGGAUCUUCAAUGAAUGGCGAUGCCUGCGUCGCUGCCUCUCCCUGACCGGACCCAUUGUUGAUCCAGCCAAUGGUAAUACACUGAGUAAGCUGUUUAGCUAAUCUAGUGUUUAGUAUGGCUGUUGCUCUCCUCCCAACUCUGCCACAUUGAUGAGCACAUCCGGGCACGGAUAGCCGCGGCUGCCAUGCACCAACUCGGUCGAAAGUCAUUGUCUGUUACCCAGCUAACAGUUGUCUUUUCAACUCCGUUCUGUCGAUGUUGAGCCAGCGGUCUCCUCUGCGAUUAGCUUAUGCUAGGAGUUCUGGCUUGACUUGACUUGUCCUUGGCUCUCCAUCCGAGUUUAGUUCUGACUUUAUUUGAGUUUAUAUGUUAGGCGUAUAGUCCAUCCUGCACCAGUUUCGUCUCUACCAGUGUACUAAUCGUCAGUUUGCCAAACAGUCUUGUGCUGCGACAUGACUUCCAACUUUGCCGCGUUUUCUUUCGCAUUGCACUGAAGGUUAUCACCCGUGCCUUUGCCCCUUUUUCUAUUGAUCAGUCUAGUGGUGCCUUUGCCCCUUUUUCUGUUGAUCAGUCUAGUGGUAACUAUUUCCAUCGUCAUGUCUUCACAUCCUAACAUAAAAGCGUAAUUUCCUACACUGGCUGUGGUUCUCAUCACAAUUGUAUAGCCAGUGGUAAUGUGGACGUGUGAGCUUUACGUCACACCCUAACAUGCUCAGCUGGUCUGAAGUGUUUGAGUGUCCUUUGAGACCACAAUGUCAUAAUACACACAUGAUAUGUUUGCAUGCGGCUUGCAAGUUGAGCUGCUUUGGGUUCUUAUUCAUUGUACAUGCUGACAUAAUUUUAUAGUGGCUCUUCUCAUGCAAAAAACAGUUCUAGAUAUUUUUUAUCAUUAUACAUUUAGGGUUCUGCUGCAGUGUGUACAUGGAUGCACAGCUGAUUUGCUAUUUUAACCUCCUUCUCCUCAGAGAUGUUUUCAGUUCGCUCCAAUUAACUUGCUUCCUGAAUUCAUCUGCAGUUCUUCUUUCUCUUA